AUGGAUAUAAACAACUUGGCUAAACGUGCAAAAGAAUUGUGGAGCGGAUGGGAGCUUCGAUCACUGAUUUUGUUAAGUCUCUUUCUCCAAAUCCUUCUCAUCUUCAUUGGAAAUCGACGAAAGUACAGCUCUCGAAUCCUGCUCGGAAUUAUUGUUUGGUCAGCAUAUUUGUCAGCGGAUUCGGUGGCAAUUUUUGCAUUGGGUCUUGCUUCCCGUAGCCAAGGUGCUGGUUCGCAAACAACUCCCACCAAUCCAAAUCCAAACUUGAUUCCAGCAUUUUGGGCACCAAUCUUCCUUGUACACCUUGGUGGCCCUGACACUAUUACUGCUUAUGCACUAGAAGACAACGAGUUGUGGUUAAGGCACCUUCUCCAGCUAGCAACUCAAACUACUUGGGCUUCUUAUGCCUUAUUCAAAUCAUGGGGCAAGGAUCCACUCAUAUUAAUAGCCAUUCCCAUCUUCGUUGCUGGAAUGAUCAAAUAUGGUGAAAGGAUUUUGGUUCUCUGGCUAGCAAGCUCCAAGAAGUUUAGGGCCACCCAAAAUGAAGAAGUGGAAACUUUCCAGGGCAAGUUUGACAAGCAAUUAAAAUCACAUGACUUCCUCGACAUGUCUAUCGGACCCCUGAAAGAAUGUUUGAAAUUUAACGGCAUAAAACCUAAGGCUCUUUAUCUCCAUGAAGCACAUUUGUUGUUUCAAAUGUUCAAGAUACUAUUUGCAGAUCUCGCUCUUAGCCAUUCAAGCCACAUGGCCAGCUAUCAUAUCCUGCUUAACAAGAAUGCCACAGAAGCUUUCAACGUGAUAGAAGUAGAGCUGGGAUUCAUGUACGAUGUUCUUUUUACAAAGGUGACAAGGAUUUGUCCACUGCGUUCUAUUCUUCGCUCCAUCAGCUUCUUAUCUUUUACUUCCGCAUUGGUCGCCUUCUAUUUAAUGAUCGUGAACAAGUGUUCGGCCUAUCCAGAAACCGAGGUAAUUAUAUCAUACAUCUUGCUUGGUGGAGGUGUCGUUCUCGAGAUAUAUGCAGUCAUCAUGCUUCUCUUAUCUGAUUGGGCUAUGUAUCAGCUUACCUUGCUGAAAAGUCCUUGGGCCAAUUCUGUCUAUAGUGCUAUCUAUUGUAUCUCAAUUUUUUUCAACAAAAAAAGGUGGGAAAGAUCUAUGGCACAACACGACUUAGCAGAUGCUCAAAUAACGAAGAAUGGAAGUUUGUGUUCAACUGUCAAAAAUUAUCUUGCCAAGUUGAGAGGUAGCCGAACAGCCGAUGAUUUUUUUAGGAAGUUGCUUGGCAAGUAUAACAUUCAAGGAUGGGAGGUUGUCAGUUUCGAAUUGAAAGACUUGAUUUUCGAUUACCUCAAAGACAAACGUUCGAGAUAUAGUCAUCAAAUGCCUCACACUGAUCCUGGCCGGAAUGAUUUGAAGGAGAUAUUGGCAGAGAGAGGUGAUCAGGUUCUUAAAAGCGAGGGAUGCUUUGCAGAAUUUGGUUGGAGUGUGAUUGAAUUUGACUUCCAUGCAACCCUCCUUUUAUGGCAUGUUGCCACUGAUAUUUGUUAUCGGGAUGAUGUUCUCAAAAGAAGAGGUGAUGCCAAUAAUUUUACUCUGAGCAGAUCCUUAUCUAAUUACAUGUUGUAUCUUCUAUGUGAACUUCCAAAUAUGCUGCCUAAAGGGAUUGGUGAAAUGAGGUACAAGCAAACCGGCAUUCAACUCACUGAAUUUUCAUGGUGUUGGAGAGUAAUACCUGCCCCUCCUGUUACUAAGUGGGAUUCACAAAAUUUUUCGGAUCUAAUUCGAAAGAAAGAAAGCAAUGUGUCAGUGCUACAUGAUGCUUGCAAGCUCGCCAAGGCAUUGCAAUCUCAUCAGGUACAGAAUCGUUGGACAAAUGAGCGCAAGUGGAUGAUGAUCAGUAAAAUGUGGGUGGAGAUGCUGACUUAUGCUGCAGUUCAAUGCGGAUGGAGAGAGCACGGUCAAGCACUUACACAUGGUGGGGAGCUACUCACUCGUGUGUGUCUUCUCAUGGCGCAUCUUGGUUUAAACGAGCAGUGCGUAACAAGUGAUCAGAAAACCAAUUCCAAGGCAGAGGGUGGGCCGUAG